AACAAAACCUCAAAAGUGACAAAAAGGGGUUUCUAGUUUAUUCUGGUCAAGAACCUGGGAACCACCAAUUCUAAGAAAAAGUUAGAAGUAAACACUUGGCAAUCACCCAUUUGGCCACAUCAUUUUGUUGGGAUAAGGAAUGGAUCACACAAUCAUCUCAUUUUGAUUGCGAUAUAAAUUUGAAGCUCUCUGACUCCAAACUAUAGAUGUUAGACUAAGCAAACAUUUGUGCAGGUGAAACUAACAGUAUUGGAAAGAAUAAACCAUUCAUGGCUUCCAUCACAACCACAGCCUCAUUCCUUGGCGCCGCCUCGGCUUUGAAACAAUUUUCCACCCCUUCUCGUCGUGGUGUCGUGAUGUCUAAGGCCGUACAGGCGCCAGAAGCCGAAUACACGACUAAGGAAGAGACGAACCCAAAAAGAAGAGAUCUGUUGUUUGCUGCUGCAGCUGUCGCAAUAUGCUCUGUCGGCAACGUUGCCAUGGCGGAUGAGCCACAACGAGGGACGGAAGAAGCUAAGAAGAAGUAUGCACCUAUCUGUGUGACUAUGCCAACUGCCAGAAUCUGUCACAAGUGAGAAAUGUUGUGUAUUUGGUUUAGUCUAAUAUGCUAAACUAUGUUAAUAUUAUAAUUGUAAUCAUUUGUAAAACCUAUACUUAUACCCUAAUGCAUUUCUCGUCUUUUUUUGGGUAAA